AGACGGUGAGCGCCAGCGUGCCGAUGAUCACCUCCCACGGGUGGGCGGCCACCAGCAGGCCGUGGAGCCGGAACAGCCGUGCUAACAUGGUCUCUGGAAGGACAAACACAUCGCACUCAGUCAAUGGGGAGUCAAUAUACAGCGUUGCCGCCGGACGUCUUGAAAGUGAUCGUCGUCAAAGAGGAGCGGCAGGAGUGGAGCUCCGGCACGGAGGAAGAGGAGGAGCCGCGGGCGGCCCUCGUUAGGGACGAAGAGAACGAACUAAGGGAGGCGGAUCGCAACGACGUCUCGUCCACAGGCGUCCCAGUGAAGAGCGAAGACGGCGAGCCAGACACAUCGCUCCGAACCAGCCGGGCGGAACGCGACGGAGGGUCAGAAACGGACCCUCGUUUGGAUCCGCUGUCGUCGCCCUCGUCUGAAACGGACGACAGCGACGAGACAAACGAACUUCUGGCGAGCGGGGAGGCGAGACGCCACGCCGGCGAGAAACGCUUCAGCUGCUCCGAAUGCGACAAAACCUUCGACCACAAGCGCAACCUGAAGAGACACAUGCGGCGCCACACGGGCGAGAAACCCUUCUGCUGCCCGGUGUGCAGCAAAACAUUCCGUCAGCGCUCGAACUUAGUGGUGCACUCGCGCACUCACACGGGGGUGAAGCCUUUCUCCUGCUCGCUGUGCGACACCAGCUUCAGUCAGCGCAUCUCCCUGGUGCUGCACGUGCGGACGCACACCGGAGAGAAGCCCUUCCCGUGCUCGGUUUGCGGCGAGCGCUUCUCUCGGAAGGGCACCGUGAUGUCGCACAUGCGCCGCCACACCGGCGAGAAACCCUUCAGCUGCGCCGCGUGUGCCAAGCGCUUCGCGUUCAAGUGUCAGAUUUCAACCUCCUGUGUGUUGCCAGUAAGAAUUCAGAUGAAUUCCAGCGCGCCGGACCUCAAUGAUGUCAGGACUUUUCGGCGCUGUGAUUGGUUGGUCAGAGCAAGCCGAGUUGGACUAGCGUAACACAUCUGUAGCGAUCGGCGACCAUUAAUAUAUUUAAUAAUAAAGCAUUUCUGGUGAGUGUACUGUAUUUGUAUUUUUUAUGUCUAAUGUAAGUAAAAAAUUUUUGGUUGUCAUCGUGUUAUUAGAUCAAUAUUAAUUGGAUGAUGUGCGUGGCACUGCUGCUAGCUGUUGUAUUGCGUUAUUGCAUAGUAUUGAUGGUUUGUACAAUUGCGUUGAUGUGAUACCGGUGCUACGAAGAGGUGGAUUGAUUCGGGGAAAUCACGACUGAGGGCCCAGGUCACCAAAUUCGUGGCCAGUGAGUCUUGGCUGUUAAACUCGGCUACAAUGUCGCGUCUUCCAACGCGCUACGCUACGGAACCCAAGAUGAGACCGGCUACCACGUUGAACAGAAACAUGCAAGCUAAUUACAACUACGUUCAGGUAAUGGCGAGUUGGAUUUUUAAUUGUUUAAUUAUUAUUAUUUUUGUAUAUGUCGGUCCGUUGAAAUAUGUCUUGACAGGAAACCAGGUGCAAAAAAGGCUGGGAACCGUUUUACUGUGCUGACAAAUUAUCAGCGAUGUCGUCAUCGAAUCGACUAGAAAAAAAUCGUAACUCGUUCAACCCCUAGUGGCCAUUGAGUCUCGGGUGCUAAACUUCAUAUUGGCCUUACCUACCGGCGACGUGGCGUCUCAUUUGCAAAUUUGGGGGUCCGCUUCAACCCCACAACGAGCUGGGGAACAACCGGGUUAAGAAUCGGGGUACACACACCGAUAAUCGGGAUGAUUUUUUUUUGCCCUCAAACUAAGUAAACAGAGAUUGAUGUCUCUAAAAGCUGAUCCUCAAUCGAUUAUCUUGCGGUGUGUGGAGUAAUCGUUUUCCCUCGGGUUUGGGUCCGACAAUCGUUAACGUUAAACCUGUUCAAUAUUUCCGACGGAAAUAGAACGAUAGCCAAUCAGGAGGCUCGCUGAAGCUGCCGAUGUUGCCGGACAAAAAUAGAGACGCAACCGCUUGAGUACUGUUGAGUGUUUGUAUUAAGUGUCGAUACUGCAAUAGUGGACCGUCUCAGAUGUCCAAUAACUGAGGACGCCAUGUGACAAAUAAAGGGACUUAUUUGUUUCAAA